AUGUCUUCCCAAAGCGAAGAUGAUGCUGUGAUUAUCGACCGCGACGAUGUCAGCAACUACAAUCCCGAACAAAUUCUCCCCGAGUCUCCUGAAGUUAUCCAGAAACUCAGAGCCUGGCUGAAACCCACUUCAUACGACUUCGAAAGCAGCGAGUACCGCAAGCACAUUGGUUCGCACAUCCAAGGCACAGGAGAUUGGCUGACGGCCAGCCACUCUUACAAGCAAUGGCUACAAAGCGAAGAUACCGGUCUGCUAUGGGUCAAAGGGAUCCCAGGGUCUGGAAAGUCGGUGUUGGCUUCGAAGAUCAUCAAGGAACUCUCGGAUAACAACGAUGGGAGCCCGGUACUGUAUUUUUUCUUUCGACAAAUCAUUGACGCGAACCAUGAACCGGCUGCACUUCUCAGGGAUUGGCUUGACCAGGUCUUGGCAUACAGCCCACCACUCCAGAAGCGUUUGAAAGGGUAUGUGGUGAAGGAGAAGUAUAGCGACAAAACUCGAUUACUCGCCACUAUGUCGAUGCAAGACCUGUGGGACGAUCUUCGACUGGCGUUUUCGGGACUGCCUGGCAGAGUCUACUGCAUUGCUGAUGCUCUCGACGAAAUGGAUCGUGGCAACGAUAUCUUUCUACAGGCACUGGCCAAGCUUGGCAACUGGAAUCCUUCGAAAGUGAAAGUCCUCGUCACAAGUCGUCCGGUUCCCGCCGUUGAGGGUCCUCUACGACAUGCCAAAUGCAAUCAGAUUCGUCUUCAAGAGAACGUAGUCGAUGCCGAUGUUUCGACAUUUGUGCGACAGGCGCUGAAUGUUUCAGGUAUCUCCGACCAUGAUCGACAACUCAUCCAGGCGGCCAUUCCAGGUCGGGCUAAUGGCCUCUUCCUUUAUGCCAAGUUGGCCAUGGACUCUUUCCUCGAGGCAGGGGCCGAUGUCAAGGCAGUUCUCGCCUCUUUGCCAGCCGACAUGAACCAGAUGUACACCGACUUACUCAACGAACACUCCCGCAGAUCAAGAGUGCCCGACGCGAUUCAACGUUUGAUUCUGCAGUGGGUUACCCAUGCGACCCGUCCUCUCAGGCUCCUCGAGAUAGCUGAGAUGAUUGACGUCACAUACAACGAUGUGGCUCAUGAUUUGAGGGGCACCAAAGACCUUGUUAGGGCUGCGUGUGGCCCUCUCUUAGAAAUCUUGCCGGACGAAACCGUCUGUGUGAUCCACCAUUCCUUUACAGAGUACCUCAAGGGUACGACCAGAUCAUCAUAUGAUAACGGCUACCCGGUACUUCGCUGUGGAGACACGCAUGCUUGCCUCGGCUCAGCAUGUCUGGCGUAUCUUCUCUCCGGGGUCUUCGGCGAAGGCAAAGAGGCACAAGACACUCCAAUUGUCAAACUGAAGCUCAGGUAUCCAUUUUUAGCUUAUGCGUUGGAUAACUGGCAUAUCCAUAUUGCUAGAUCAACGGCCACGGGCCAUGAUCAGACCGGAAUCAAUGUGGCACUGGACAAGCUCAUGCGUGGCCCGGAUUCUCAUGACAUUUGGACUAAACUUCAGUGGUUCACAAUCGGUAAUGCAAAAUCUGGCAUAACGCCCCUCCAUAUCGCCGCAAUGCAUGGGCUCACUGCAUACGCAAAACAUCUUCUUUUGUCUCCCGAGACUGAGAUAGACGCGGUUGACGUUCACGGAAUGACUCCCUUAUGGUGGGCUGCUACGAAUGGGAUGGCCGGCGUUAUUCAGGUCCUCAUAGACGCUGGUGCAAAUCCCGAUCAUGAUGAGACUAGUAGUGGUCGCAAGCCGUUGCACGAGGCCGCUUCGAAAAACUAUCCCGAGGUCGUCAAAGUCCUCCUUAGCGCUGGUGUGAAUCCCUUGACUGAGAAGACAAGGGAAAACCCUAGGCGUCGGAACGGACAUCUAGAGGCCCUGAAUGCAUUUUUGCCUUUUCUCAAAGAUGAAGAAUCCCUCCAUCGAGCUCUUGCCUGGUCUGCUGGAUCGGGCCGGCACGAUUUAGUCCAACGGAUCCUCCAACUUCCCGAGAUUGAUAUCAAUCGCAAGGUCCAUGGCGGAACCCCUCUGUUCAUGGCAAGCCAGCGUGCUCAAAUCAAGACCAUCGAGCUCCUCCUCAAUGAAGGAGCGGACCCAACAAUCCGAUGCGAGUUUUAUGACGAAUUUGCUGGGAUGGGCCGCAUGAGAAUGUUCCUGUCUCGUGAUGAAACUGAUCGGAAUCGAAUUGUUGGAAUCACACCUUUGUACGCCGCUCUCGAACAGUGUCGCAGAGGGUAUUCUCUAGAUGCCGAGCCAGAUAAGCUCAAGAGCCUGCUAGAGUUAUUCAUAGAGAAGGGGGCCGACAUUAACGAUCGGUCUCCUUCUGGUGAUUCUCUGCUGCACAUAACAACCGGCAAUCCCGUAUGGGUGAGAAUUCUGCUUGACGCAGGCGUCGAUGUCAAUGCCGUCAAUAGCGAUGGAUGCACUGCCCUUCACGGGAAGGUGAUGGCAGAGUCUCUGUCUCUUCUCGUAGAGACCGGUAAGGCCGAUAUCAAUAGCAAGGCCACUUCUAAUGGGAAAACGCCGCUUCUCAUUUCGCUUGACGACUACCACACAGACACGACUCUCAAGCUCAUCGAGUACGGCGCAGACUGCACCAUUGUUGAUAAUGCCGGCAAUGGCCCUCUGCACAUUGCCUUGCAAUCCUACAACGCAGAACCCGAAGUCAUAGAAGCACUCUUACACGCUGGCGCAGACCUGACUUUGAGAAACAAAUCUGGACAAACGCCCUUGGACGCCAUGUUCUCUCGGAACUCACGAGUCUUCGACUUGUUGGACGUGGUAAUUCAAGCCGGCGUGGAUAUCAAUACAAGAGACAAGAAUGGCGCAACAAUUCUCUUUCAGGCUGUCUCAGGGAAGGCCUCCAGCUCAGAGACUGAACUGCAAGACACAAUCAUGAAGCUACUAGACAGGGGUGCCUUAUUGAAAACUCGAGACUUUGAGGGGAGGUCCCUUCUACACGAGGUAGUCAGGUCACAGAAUGGGCCUCGGGCCUCUUUCAGUCGGCAGGAACCUGGUCCUUCCACCUUGGAUUUCCUCAUCCAAGGACAUGCUCGAUAUGCUGAGGAUGCUGCUCAACUUGGGCCUUGA